AAGAGGCGGAGGGAUCUGAUGAUCCGGUUAGAACUAGUUCUCUGGCUGGCAUAUUAACCGCCGGAGAGCGCUGAGGAGCGAGCUAGUGUCUUUGUGAGGAGAAGGAGGACUCCAUCAUCUGCUGCGGGGCUCCCAGUGUCUGCUCUCCCGCCAGUCCCCCCCAACACCACCGCGAUCAGCAGCAGCAGCCGGGCGUUCAUUGGUGCAGCGCUGCCCUCUAUCGCUCACCCGCCGCCGCCAGCAGGAGCCUUAUCCCGGGCAGUAGUCGCAGCAGACAGUCGUCGCCAUGCCCAAGAGAAAGGUCAAUGCAGCUGAUGCUGGAGAUGCCAAGGAUGAGCCCAAGAGGAGGUCGGCACGGUUGUCAGCUAAACCAGCCCCACCAAAGGCUGAACCAAAGCCUAAAAAGGAAAAAGCUGCAGCAAAGAAGUCUGAGGAAAAGAAAGUUCCAGCAAAGGGAAAGAAGGGUGCUAAGGGCAAGCAGACCGAAGAAGCUAACAAAGAGGAGACUAAGGAUGAUCUUCCAUCUGAAAAUGGAGAGACAAAAAGUGACGAUGCCCCAGCAUCUGAUGGAGGAGACAAGGAAUCUAAAUCUGAAUAACCUACAUCUUGUUCCAAGUCUUUUAUCAGUGGUUCCUGUACCUCCCUUGUACAAUUCAGAGGAAUAUUUUUAUCAACUAUUUUGUAAAUGCAAGUUUUUUAGUAGUUUAAUUCUAGAAAACACAUUUUUAAAAUAGGAGGGAAUCCCACCAUGUCUCUGUUUUGAGGUUGUUGUGUUUUUUUUUAA